AGUGGGGACAAACAAGCACUGAAGAGGCAGGAGGGCAGUGGCCCUCAGAGGCAACAAGGUGCAAAGGAAUGGGCUGCUUGACUUUAAGCAGUGGAUGGAUGUCUGGUGGUGGGCAGGGAGGGCCUGAGGCAGAAUAGCAUCCUGGCGGGUUUGGAUGGUCCUUCCCCCUCCCUCACCUCAUCACCUAGCAAGGGUCCCCUCUCCAAAGUGGCUGCUCUGGGGCCUCCAGCACCAGCCCCUGAGAGCAUCCCAACCCUCCUCUGAACUAGGGCUGCCUUGGUCUGGGCUGCAUGGUCACCUCUGUCACUGGCUCACUGUGUGACCUUUGGUGAGUUGUGCCUCUUCUCACAGUCAUCUCUCUUCUGAGCCUUGACUUCCAAAUUAGACAUGUGUUUCCAGAUGGGUAGGCUGAGCCCCCAGAAAGGGCUAGGGUUUGAUGAGUUCCUUGGAAGGGAUUCUGUAGUAUCUUUCCUCCCUCCCACCUGCCUUGGAAGGGCCCCAAAUAACAUUACUGGGUGAGGCACAGGGCAAGGAAAUAGCUCCCAGGGGGAUCCUUUUCCCCAGUCUCAGUUCCUUCUUCCUUACAGCUGGGGUAACAGUGCCCCUUGGCGCUGCAGGCUGUAGAGGGAGAGGCAGAAAGGUGGAUGGGUGAGUGGUCAUCCCACUCACCCAUGAGUGGCCAAGAUACUGCCAUCAUGCUGAAUUUUCUUCCAGCAACAUCCAGCAACUUCUGGUUCUCACCAGAAUGUUCUCCAUGGAGGCCAAGAACUUGGCUGAUUCCUGGAACAGUCCCGCACUCAUUUUACACAUGGAGAAGCCAGGUCCACAGAGAAUACAAGAUUGGUCCAACAGCAGGUGGCAGGUGAUCUGAAGCUUCUAGGCCCCCAGCACCAGGAAGCCUGGCUCCUCAAUGGAGCCGCUGGAGCCCUGGCCUGGGUGUUGCCACACAGCAGCCCAGGUGAAGCUGCCCCGUGCCCAGUGCCGGUGCGGGAGCACAGUGGGCCUUUGUGCUAGGAGGGCACCACUCCCUGGCCGGCCCCACCCCACUUGAGGGAGAGUGCUUAUCUACCCGCCCACCUCACCGCCAAAGCUCUGCCAGCUCCUCCUUGUUGUGCACUCAGAGCUGCUCCCCGACGGCGCAGCGCUGGGGCUCCUGCAAGACAGCACUGCUGCCAGACUUCACGGGUCCCCUCCCUGGGACUGAUCAUUAACCCGGAGACCAUAUAAGGAGCGAACGGCCUGGGCUGGAGGGACGCAUUGCGGCCGCCGUCAUGGACAGUAGUACCUGGAGCCCUGCGACCUCUGCCACCGCCGAGCCCCUCAAGGCCUAUGAGCGCAUCCGCAAUGCGGCCGACAUCUCUGUCAUUGUUGUCUACUUCGUGGUGGUGAUGGCUGUCGGGCUGUGGGCCAUGUUUUCCACUAAUCGUGGGACUGUUGGAGGCUUCUUCCUGGCAGGACGAAGUAUGGUGUGGUGGCCGAUUGGAGCCUCUCUGUUCGCCAGUAACAUCGGAAGCGGCCACUUUGUGGGACUGGCGGGAACGGGAGCAGCUGCAGGCAUCGCCACUGGGGGCUUUGAAUGGAACGCCCUUUUUUUGGUGGUUCUGCUGGGCUGGGUGUUUGUCCCCAUUUACAUUAAGGCAGGGGUGGUGACGAUGCCAGAGUACCUGCGGAAGCGAUUUGGAGGCAAGCGGAUCCAGGUCUACCUCUCUGUUCUGUCCCUGUUGCUGUACAUUUUCACCAAGAUCUCGGCAGACAUCUUCUCUGGGGCCAUAUUCAUCAACCUGGCCUUGGGCCUGAAUCUGUACCUGGCCAUCUUUAUCUUACUGGUAAUCACUGCCCUUUACACAAUCACAGGGGGCCUGGCGGCUGUGAUUUACACGGACACCUUGCAGACGGUGAUCAUGCUGGUGGGGUCUUUUAUCCUGACUGGGUUUGCUUUUCACGAAGUGGGAGGGUAUGAUGCCUUCAUGACGAAAUACAUGAAUGCCAUUCCAACUGUGAUUUCUGAUGGAAACACCACCAUCAAGAAAGAAUGCUACACCCCAAGGGCUGACUCCUUCCACAUCUUCCGAGAUCCUCUCAAGGGAGACCUGCCAUGGCCUGGGCUCAUCUUUGGGUUGUCCAUCCUCGCCCUGUGGUACUGGUGCACAGAUCAGGUCAUUGUGCAGCGGUGCCUCUCGGCCAAAAACAUGUCACACGUGAAGGCUGGCUGCAUCAUGUGUGGGUACCUGAAGCUGCUGCCCAUGUUCCUCAUGGUGAUGCCAGGGAUGAUCAGCCGCAUCCUAUACACAGAAAAAAUUGCCUGCACUGUGCCCUCGGAGUGUGAGAAAUAUUGCGGCACCAAGGUUGGCUGUACCAACAUGGCCUACCCGACCUUGGUGGUGGAGCUCAUGCCCAAUGGACUUCGAGGCCUGAUGCUGUCAGUCAUGUUGGCCUCUCUCAUGAGCUCCCUGACCUCCAUCUUCAACAGUGCCAGCACCCUCUUCACUAUGGACAUCUACACCAAGAUCCGGAAGAGAGCAUCUGAGAAAGAGCUCAUGAUUGCAGGAAGGUUGUUCAUGCUGGUGCUGAUUGGCAUCAGCAUUGCCUGGGUCCCCAUUGUGCAGUCAGCACAAAGUGGGCAGCUCUUUGAUUACAUCCAGUCCAUCACCAGUUACUUGGGACCACCCAUUGCAGCUGUCUUCCUGCUUGCUAUUUUCUGCAAGAGAGUCAAUGAGCAGGGAGCCUUUUGGGGACUGAUCAUUGGAUUUGUGAUUGGGGUGUCCCGUAUGAUUGCUGAGUUUGCCUAUGGAACUGGGAGCUGCAUGGAGCCCAGCAACUGUCCCACAAUUAUCUGUGGUGUACACUACUUGUACUUUGCCAUCAUCCUCUUUGUCAUUUCUCUCAUCAUCAUCCUGGCUGUCUCCCUCUUCACCAAGCCCAUUCCAGAUGUGCAUCUCUACCGCCUGUGCUGGAGCCUGCGUAACAGCAAAGAGGAGCGUAUUGACCUGGAUGCAGAAGAGGAGGACAUUCAAGAAACCUCAGAGGAGACCAUUGAAACAGAAGUUCCUGAGGAGAAAAAAGGAUGCUUCAGGCGGGCCUAUGACCUGUUUUGUGGUCUGGACCAGCAGAAGGGUCCCAAAAUGACAAAGGAAGAGGAGGCAGCCAUGAAGCUGAAGAUGACAGACACCUCGGAGAAGCCUUUGUGGAGGACGAUAGUGAACAUCAAUGGCAUUAUCCUGCUGACCGUGGCCGUUUUCUGUCAUGGGUAUUUUGCCUGAGUCCUGCCUUCUGCUGCAGGCUGUGCUUGUGAAGGCUGGGAUCUUUAUUCUGUCUCCUUUUAAUCCCGUUCUGCAGUGUUGAAGGGACACCAGCUAGUUGUAAAAUUUGCCCAGUUGAUAAAUGUGUACAUUUGUAAUUA